AUAAGCGUCGCUGGGAAAAUGUCGGACAGAACAAUGAGACGGCAAGUCCUGUUGUUUUUCUCGAUCCUCUCGACCAGGCUGGCGCUCGGGCAGGUCAGUUACUCCAUCCCUGAAGAAAUGGCGAUAGGUUCUUUAGUCGGUAACAUCGCUCAAGAUUUGGGCUUGGAUGUGAAAAGACUGAAAUCGGGCAAAGCUCGUAUUUAUACGGGAGACAGCGCGGAAUACAUCGAGCUGAACAGAGACCGCGGAGCUCUCCUCGUCAAAGACAGGAUAGACCGCGAGCAUCUCUGCGGGCAGACGACGCCCUGUGCUUUACAUUUCCAGAUCAUUCUGGAACACCCGAUGGAGCUGUUCCGGGUAACGGUAGAAAUUACAGACGUAAACGACAACGCUCCGGCGUUUGCCAAGAAUAUGAAAACGUUUGAAAUUAGUGAAAUUGCCGGCAUCGGCGCGACGUUCAUGUUGGAGAGGGCGGUGGACCCCGACGUUGGCGUUAAUGGCCUCCAGAGAUAUGUCCUAAAUCCGACCGAUCAUUUUCAGAUAAGACUGAAAAAACAGCCGGACGGCGGCAAUAAAGUGGAGAUGGUUUUGCACCAGCCUUUAGAUCGCGAGCAGCAAGACACGUUGUCGCUGGUGCUCACGGCUGUAGACGGAGGUGAGCCGCAGCUGUCUGGGUCAAUGCAAAUUCACAUUACUGUGUUUGACGCGAACGACAAUCCGCCUGUUUUUACGCAGGAAAUUUACAAAGCAGCCGUCGUUGAAAAUUCACCCGUAGGUGCUACACUUGUAAAAGCCAUUGCAUCCGACGCUGACAAAGGCUCCAACAGCCACGUAAGUUAUUCUCUGUCGGGCUCAGCUGACAGUUUCACUGAUAUCUUUAAAAUCGACCCCAAAACUGGUGAUCUUAUCCUCACUGGGCAGGCGGAUUAUGAAAAGGCAAAACAUUAUCAAAUGUUCGUGGAGGCGACAGAUGAAGGAGGGCUCUCCGACUCCAGUAAAGUGAUUGUCGAUGUUAUUGACGUGAAUGACAAUAGCCCCCAAAUAAACGUGAUGUCGAAGUCAUCGUCGCUGAGUGAGAAUGCACCACAAACUACAGUGAUAGCCAUGAUAAGUGUAAAUGACCCUGACUCAGACAGUAGCGGUGAAGUUAAUUGUGAAAUCAAUGAAAAUAUUCCAUUUGCCAUAAAAUCGACAGCUACGGGUUUCUAUAGCCUGGUGACAGACAGUGAUCUGGACCGAGAGAGAGCCUCAGAGUAUAAUAUCAGUAUCACGUGUUGUGAUGAGGGAGUGCCCUCUCUCUCCAGCAGCGUCACUCUCACCUUACACAUCUCAGAUGUGAAUGACAACGCGCCUGUCUUUGAGAGGAGCUCAUAUGAGGCCUACAUUGUAGAAAACAACACACCGGGUCUCUCCAUAUUCACAGUGAAAGCCACAGACGCUGACUGGAACCAGAAUGCCCGUGUGUCUUAUAUACUGGAGGACUCCUCGGUUAACGGAGUGCCCGUCUCCUCCUAUGUGUCCGUCAGUGCUGAUAGUGGAGUCAUCCAUGCAGUUCGCUCUUUUGACUACGAGCACAUCAAGGAUUUUCGCUUGUGUGUUAAAGCGCAGGAUGGAGGCUCUCCUCCACUCAGUAGUAACGUGACUGUGAAAAUAACGAUCCAGGACCAGAACGACAACGCCCCUCAGGUUCUGUACCCAGUCCAGACCAGCAGCUCUGUGGUGGCUGAAAUGGUGCCUCGCUCAGCAGAUGUGGGCUAUCUGGUGACUAAAGUGGUGGCUGUUGAUGUGGACUCUGGACAGAAUGCCUGGCUCUCCUAUAAGCUGCAGAAAGCCACAGACAGGGCGCUGUUUGAAGUGGGCUUACAGAAUGGGGAAAUAAGAACUAUCCGCCAAGUCACUGAUAAAGAUGCUGUGAAACAAAGGCUGACUGUUGUAGUGGAGGACAACGGGCAGCCCUCUCGUUCAGCUACAGUCAAUGUUAACGUGGCGGUGGCGGACAGUUUCCCUGAAGUGCUCUCGGAGUUCACGGACUUUACGCACGACAAGGAGUACAAUGACAACCUGACUUUUUACUUAGUCUUGGCUUUGGCUGUAGUGUCCUUUCUCUUCAUCACCUGUUUAGUGGUCAUCAUAUCAGUGAAGAUAUACAGAUGGAGACAGUCUCGCAUCCUCUAUCAUUCCAGUCUGCCGGUGAUUCCCUAUUAUCCACCACGUUACUCAGACACUUUGGGGACAGGGACUCUCCAGCACGUGUACAAUUACGAGGUGUGCAGGACGACUGACUCCAGAAAGAGUGACUGUAAGUUCGGCAGAGCCGGUAGUCAGAACGUGCUGAUAAUGGACCCCAGUUGUACAGGGACGAUGCAGCGGAUCCAGAAUGAAAAGAACAUCCUGGAUGAGCCAGACUCUCCUGUAGAGGUUAGAAUUAUGAUUAUUUUCCCCCUUAAUUUAGAGAAUACAAGUCUUGUUUUCGUCUUUUUUUCUUUUUUCUUUACUUGUACGCUUAGUAAUUAA